AUGCAGCUGUCCGACCUGCCUCAGGGCCCUGUACAGUCGGAUCCUGUACCUGCAGAGGAAGACAAGAAUGUGCCGGCAUACCCUACCGUGGUGCUGCAGGCACGGCGUAGCAUGGACAAAUUUGAUAAUUGCGUGCUCUUGACUCGUGUGGGUGGCUUCUACGAGCUGUACUUUGAACAUGCCGAUGAGUAUGCGCCGUUGCUCAAUCUGAAGCUGGCUAGCAAAAAAACGAGUGCCGGUCCAGUCUCCAUGGCUGGUUUCCCCUUUUUCCAGCUGGACCGCUACCUCAAGAUUCUUGUCCAAGACCUAAACAAGUACGUGGCUGUGGCCGAGGAAUUCCCCAACAAUGCGGAAGAAAAGAUCAAAUCAGGAGGUCUCUUGCACGAUAGAAGAGUUGCUCGCAUCAUUACGCCUGGCACUCUCAUCGACGAAAAUUUCAUCGACCCCCACGUCAAUAACUACGUCAUGGCUGUCCAUGUGUCCAACCAAGUUGGUGCUGCACCUGAUGACAGUGUCUCCCUUGGCUUGGCAUGGUUGGAUCUCUCCACCGGACACUUCUUUACACAGCAGACUGAGCUAUCGUCGCUCGGCUCAGUCUUAUCUAGAAUUGCUCCCAGGGAGAUUGUCCUGGACGAGGGCCUCGAGUCGCAAAGGGAGCACGACAUUUUCGCAAUCCUCGCCGAGGACAGACAUCUCAUUACCUAUUCUUCUCCGGGCGACUUAAGUAACAUCACAGACUGGAGUGAUAUGCUCGAAUCCGACAUUCCCCAGGCAACUCGCGAAAAUUUCACCCCAGACGAGGUCAGCGCCGGACACUUGGUCCUCAAUUAUGUCAAAGACAGGCUACGGGGCAUGAGCAUGAAAUUACAGCCUCCCCUGCGCCAUGAGAACAUGCAAAUCAUGACGAUCGAUAAAAACAGCUUGCGCGCUCUGGAAAUCAAGCAAACAACCCGCGACGGCUUCUUUCGCGGCAGCCUCCUGCACGCCAUUCGUCGGACUGUCACCAAGAGUGGCUCACGAUUGCUCAACGAAUGGCUCAGCGCGCCGUCCACUUCUACAGACGUAAUCACUUCCCGACAAGACUUGGUUGCCCGCUUUGUUGCAUCGCCUGAUCUUUGCGACCUCAUCGUGACACUACUCCGACGUAGUCACGAUUCGCAGCGGCUAGUGCAAAAGUUUGCGCUCGGGAGGGGGGACGCGGACGAUCUCAUGGGUUUGGCAAACACUAUUCAAGCCACUGCAGAUAUUGUUCGUCUUCUCCAGAAAGAAGUCGCGGAGCCAUCUUCGCAGUGUCUGGCGACUCUCACAAAGCGCAUGGAUCUUCAGGAGCCUCUGAUACUGGCCCAUCGCAUCACAGAGGCCAUCGACGAGGACGGCAUUGUGCUGCAACACGAGGCCGCAGAAUCAGAAGCGAGUCAACUCAUGGCCCUCGCAGAAGGCAUCGUGGCCGCAGAGGGGUCCGCCGAAGACGCCUCGUCAUUGCCAAAAGGUAAGAAGAAGCGACCAACGACCAUCAAGGAAUACUACGCCGAAGACAACGAUGCAUGGAUAAUGAAGCCGGAAGCAAGCCCGACCUUGAGCAGACUACAUGGGCAGCUGGCUUCGCUUUUGGAAGAACGCGAAUGUCUCGGCGAUACUCUUCGUGAGCGUCUUGGCGCACCAAGCCUCACUCUGAAAUGGACACCUGGUCUGGGCCACAUUGCCCACAUCAAGGGUAAAGAUGCAAAAAACCUCACCGACAUUCACGCCUUAUCUUCUAGUCGCUCGACGCGCUCCUUUCACCUGGCUGAAUGGACGGCCCUCGGCCAACGUCUCGACCAGACGCGCUUUCAGAUCCGGCGCGAGGAGCAGCGCGUCUUCCAGUCGCUCAGAGAGCACGUCGUCAUCAACCUCGUCAAGCUGCGCCGCAACGCAGCCGUCCUUGACGAGCUUGACAUUACCACGUCCUUUGCCCGGCUGGCCGUCGAGCAGAAUCUGCUGCGUCCCAUCCUCAACAAUUCCACAGCACACACCAUUAUUGGCGGCAGGCAUCCCACCGUCGAGGGCGGACUGGUGGAGCAGGGCCGGAGCUUCGUUGAGAACGACUGUUUGGUCGGCAAUCCCUCCGCCGGCUCUCUCUGGCUCAUCACCGGACCAAACAUGGCUGGUAAAAGCACGUUUUUGCGCCAGAAUGCGCUCAUCACCAUCCUGGCGCAGAUUGGAUGCUAUGUGCCGGCAUCGUACGCCGAGCUCGGCAUCGUCGACGCCAUCUUCAGCCGCGUCGGCUCUGCAGACAACUUGUACCGCGACCAGAGCACAUUCAUGGUCGAGAUGCUCGAGACGGCGCACAUCUUGAAACAUGCGACGCCCAGGUCCUUUGUCAUCAUGGACGAGAUCGGCAGGGGCACCACACCAGAGGACGGCACGGCUGUGUCGUACGCUUGCCUGCACCAUCUCAUCGCAGUCAAUCAGUGUCGCACGCUCUUUGCAACACACUUUCACUCCGUCGCGGAUCUCGCAGCAGCUGACGGACUCUGCGACCCUAACCACGGCGCGGUGCAGCUGUAUUGUACAGACAUCGAGGAGGACGCAGACGGCGGCUUUGUCUACGUUCACAAGUUGCAAAGGGGAAUCAACCACAAGAGUCAUGCGCUCAAAGUCGCCAGACGAGCUGGGAUGCCGGAGACGGCGCUACGAACAGCAGAACAAGUUUUAAAGAACAUGGAUGCACAUUGA